ACUUUAUAAACUUGCACUACUGCACUACUCAUAUGAAAUCAAUACCCUUGUUUUCUGCAAUUUUAAUUCUUGUAUUUCUGUUUUUAUAGGUUUAUGGUUCUAACAAGGCUUCCCUAUGAUCCUUGCGUGCUUUAUACACUGAGCUGUCGUGAUGGGAGUUGGAUCAGGACUGCAAAUCAUCUUUCACAAAUACCCCUUCUACUAGAGUCAGAGGAUGUAAAAGAUGUUAAUCAAAUUCUAUCCGUUCUAUUUAUGUCAGUCUCUACCAAUUUCAGUGUGUUUAUUAAGCAAGUUGCUGAAGCCAAAGGGAAGGACGGGCAUGUUCAUUCAAGCAAAAGGAAGAGGAAAAGGCUUACUACCCAGUGCCAGUUAUUAAUGCAAUUACGGGAGACAGAAUUGCAUAAGCGAGUCAGCAAAUGGAUGGAUUCUAGGAAUCCUUUGCUUGAGAUUGCAGCAAAUGUGUCUUCAGAUGGGGUCAAGCAUUCAACAUUGAACCCUGGUUCUUCUGGUCGGUUAUCCUCUACAGAUUCAGUGGGUUCUUCAAAAGGCAAUUAUGAAAGAGUCUCUGUUGAAAUGAGUGAGCCAGUUAUCUGCAGCAGGGAGCAAGGGCCUGGUAAAAUGAUCCAAACUAUUGAUCCAAGUCCGAGUGGCUGCAGUGUAAACAAUGGCCAUUUUAUUUGCAAAGAUGCUCUAACGAUGUUGUUGUUGGCCCUGCCCUCUCAUAUGUGGUCUGGAAUUAAGGAACCAAACCUAUCUGCAGAGUUUAACAGCCUUGUAUCAAUUGAGAGUGUUCCUCACAUACUCAAGAAAGAGGUAACAGUUCUUCCUUUUCUUGUGUCUUACUUUCUUUGAUAUUAUAUCUCACUUGCAUUAAUUGGUUCCUUACUGUGUUCUAUUAUGUCUAUGCUGGAAUAACAAAGAAUCUCCAACAUUGUGGGGUUGCUUGAAUCUUCA